AGAAACAGAGUACUGGGGUUCGAACAAGAGCCCAGCAGGCGAGAGUGCAAGUGAUGACUCACAAGGAAGUUGCGGCCACCGACGUAAUCACGGGUACCUUGCCUAUUAACUCUGAUUAUGCGCAUGUUUUAUUUGAUUCGAGUGCGUCGCACUCUUUUAUUGCUCGAUCUUAUGUUUUGAAACGAGCCUUGCCUGUUGAUACCUCUGAUUGUGAACUGCAUGUGGACACCCCUUUAAGAGGGGGUUUCCUAGUCUUUGUUACUGAUGCUAGUAGUGUGACAUCGAGACUAGAAGACAUACCGGUAGUGCAUGAGUUUCCGGAUGUAUUUCCGGAGGAUCUCUCAGGUUUACCUCCGGAUAGAGAGGUUGAAUUUGCUAUUGACCUUGUUCCUGGCACUGGACCCGUUUCCAAAGAACCAUACCAUAUGGCUCCUGCAGAAUUGAAGGAGUUAAAGGUCCAGCUGGAGGAACUCCUUGAGAAAGGGUUUAUACGCCCUAAUGUAUCACCUUGGGGAGCUCCAGUGUUGUUUGUCAAGAAGAAGGAUGGGAGCAUGAGGCUAUGCAUUGAUUACCGGAAAUUGAAUAAGGUGACUGUGAAGAACCGGUAUCCCCUUCCUAGAAUUGAUGACUUGUUUGACCAGCUCAAGGGUGCUCAGGUAUUUUCUAAGAUUGAUCUGCAAUCUGGCUACCACCAGGUGAAGAUUAAACCAGAUGAUGUGCCAAAGACUGCCUUUCGCACCCGUUAUAGUCAUUAUGAGUUCAUAGUCAUGCCAUUUGGCUUGACAAAUGCCCCUGCCAUAUUUAUGGAUUUGAUGAAUCGGGUGUUUAGCAAGUACCUAGACCAGUUUGUGGUUGUCUUUCUUGACGACAUUUUGGUCUACUCUUCUAGCCAUGCUCUUCAUGAGAAGCACUUGAGGACAGUCCUCAAGACGUUGAGAAGGGAGAGGUUGUUUGCUAAAUUCAAGAAGUGUGAAUUUUGGCUAGAUAAUGUUGCAUUCCUAGGUCACGUUGUGACUAAGGAUGGAAUUUCUAUUGACCCCCAGAAGAUUGAGGCCGUGGUUGAUUGGAAAAGGCCGAAUAAUGUUGCAGAAAUCCGUAGUUUUCUGGGAUUGGCUUGUUAUUACCGUCGAUUUGUGGGGGAUUUCUCUAGAAUUGCUCUGCCCAUGACUCGUCUUAUCAGAAAGGACACCAAGUUUGAGUGGACCCCAGAGUGUGAGAAGAGCUUUUUGACCUUGAAGGAGAAGUUGGUCACUACUCCUGUACUUGCAUUUCCAAUUAAUGGGGAAAGAUUCACUAUAUAUAGUGAUGCCUCUAAAAAGGGUUUGGGAUGUGUCUUGAUGCAAAAAGAUAGGGUUAUUGCAUAUGCUUCUCAGCAGUUAAAGCCUUAUGAAGAAAAUUACCCUACCCAUGAUCUAGAGUUGGCAGCCGUGGUAUUUGCACUCAAGAUCUGGAGGCAUUAUCUGUAUGGUGAGACUUGUGAAAUCUUCACUGAUCACAAGAGCCUUAAGUAUAUUUUCACUCAAAAGGAGCUUAAUAUGAGGCAGAGGCGAUGGCUUGAACUUUUAAAGGACUACGACUUGACCAUUAGCUACCAUCCGGGCAAGGCUAACAAGGUAGUAAAUGCGUUGAGCAGGAAGACCUCUGGCACUGCCUCUAGCAUCCUUGCCACUCAAAAGGAGUUACUUGAGGAUCUUGUGAAACUGGAUGUGGAGUUGAGAGUGGACAGCACUACGGCUUAUCUAGCCGCCCUCAGUGCACAACCGGCAUUAAUAGAUAGAAUUAAACUUGCCCAACAAAAAGAUUCCUUCUUACAGAAGAUGAAGGAAAAAGUAGGAGCCGGGGAAGCCCACAUGCAAGAAUUCAGGAUUUCUGAUGAUGAGAUUCUGUGGUUUGGUGACAGGCUGUGUGUACCAAGAGACCAUGCUUUAAGGCGUGAGAUUAUGGGAGAUGCCCAUUAUACUAGCUAUACAAUCCACCCAGGGAGCACCAAGAUGUAUCGUGAUUUACGUAGUACAUUUUGGUGGCGGAACAUGAAGAGGAGGAUAGCUAGAUUUGUCUCACAAUGCCUGACUUGCCAAAAGGUCAAGGCUGAACAUCAGAGACUUUCUGGAAAACUGCAGCCGUUACCUAUUCCUCAGUGGAAGUGGGAAAACAUCACCAUGGACUUUGUGACUGGAUUACCACGAACCUUUAAGGGUAAUGAUUCCAUCUGGGUCAUCGUUGAUCGAUUGACCAAAUCAACUCAUUUCUUACCCUACCGGACUGGCACCUCCAUUGAAAAGCUUGCCAAUACGUACAUGGAUGAGACUAGCUUGCAGCAGGCACUCGGUACUCAAUUAAAUUUCAGCACGGCCUUUCAUCCUCAAACUGAUGGGCAAUCUGAGAGAACUAUUCAGAUACUUGAGGACAUGUUGAGGGCUAUUGUUCUAGAUUGGAAGGGUUCAUGGGAUCAACACUUAUCCAUGGGUGAAUUUGCAUAUAAUAAUAGUUAUCAGUCCAGCAUUCGCAUGGCACCGUUUGAGGCUUUGUAUGGUCGAAGGUGUAGAUCACCUGUUUGUUGGACGAAAGUGGGCGAAAGAAGCAUUUUAGGCCCAGAAUUGGUGCAGCAAUCUUCUGAGAUUGUGCAGUUGAUCAAGGAACGCCUUCGUGUUGAACAAAGCAGGCAGAAAAGCUAUGCAGAUAAAAGGAGACGAGACCUGGAGUUUGAAGUUGGUGACCAUGUAUUUUUGAAGGUGUCACCCACUCGAGGUGUUCUCAGGUUUGGCAUCCGGGGAAAAUUGAGUCCGAGGUAUAUUGGACCAUAUCCUAUCUUGGAAAGGAUUGGCGAGGUAGCUUAUAAAUUGGAGUUGCCUGGAAAUCUAGCGGGUGUUCAUGAUGUGUUUCAUGUGUCUUUACUUCGGAAGAAUCCCAGAUCUGCUCUGCUUCUCCCUUCCCUGCCGCCGGCUGUUGCUGGGUAUAAGCUCCAGUUUUUCCUGCUCUUCCCCUCAAUCUGCAGCUCCAGUUUGCUAGUUGAGGAUUUUUGGUUGUCCGAAAAUUCUGUUGAAAUAGGGAUGAGUUUUGGCCAUUUGAAAAUGGGCUUUGGUUGAUGAUUUGUGUAGGAAAUUAGUAGGUUUGAUUGUUGUGUGAUGUCCAAGAGAAAAGGGGAGAAUUCCGUGAAUUGGCCAUUUUCUGUCAAGGCCGGUUCUCCCAAAUUCCUGUCCAUUAGUUUGAGAAAUUGUAUAUCUGUAAUUGUGUAAUUGUGUAUACAUAGAUAUUAAUUGGGAACAUUGUGAUUAGGUCCUUGAUUGUCCUGUGGCCUUAGCACUGGGAUUAGGCCUUCUGUCCUGUGUAAUUAAGGUAAGUAAAUUAUGGUAAAGCCCUUCGAUUUUAAAACAUGUUUUAAAUUGUUUUUGAGAUGGUGGCAAGGUUUAAAUUGAUUUUAUCAGCAUCUGAGUGUGAUUUAACUGAAAUGAAACUUGUGAUGAUUUUUAUGAAAGAUUAUUAUUUUCUGGAAUUGAGCAUAAUUGGAAUGAAAAUGAGAAUUUCAUUGUUUUCUGGAAUUGAGCAUGAUUGGAAUGAAAAUGAAAAUUUCAUUGUUUUCUGGAAUUGAGCAUGAUUGGAAUGAAAAUAGGAAUUUCAUUGUUUUCUAGAAUUGAGCAUGCCCACAUGAGAUUCUUCGGUUUAUUUUUGAAAGUGAGAACGAUCGUGAAUCGUGGUUUCUGUAAAUCUUGCUUGGUUUUGUCUCCGAUAUGGUCGUGUAAUCGUGCCCCCGCUAGUGGGGGAGGUUACAAACGCUAGCACAUGUCGACAUGUUCGUGAUAGAACCGGUUCGCUCGUGGCCCUACUAGUGGGGAUUAUACACUAGCACUCGUGGCCCUACUAGUGGGGACUAUACACUAGUACUCAUGUGCCUGCCAGUGGGAGGUUUAUAACACUGGCCAUGACUAAUAGAGGAGACCACUACGU